CAUUUUUCGAAGCGGCCGGCUGCGACCAAAGAGCGUCGGGCCCGUCGACCGAACAGCUGCGCCGGAUACGCGGCGUUCUCGCGCGCCCUGAAAAGUGCCGGAGCACGCUCGGCAGCCAAGCUGCAGGGCUGCCAGCAUGGUCGUCGACGCCGUGCGCUGCCAGCCGCGGUGACGGCCAUGAACCGGCUGCACGUGCUUCUGCUGGCCGGCGCCCUUCUCUGGGCCCUCGUCACCGGGCUCAUAUUCGUGCAGAUCAACCAGAGUCGCUUGCACAACGUCUUGCACUCGCAGGCAAUCGUGCUGGAACGAGACGUGCGCUCGCAGCUCCACUCUAACGACGAAGUGCUCGACCGGCUUAAGCAGUGGAAGAAAGCGAUCGACGACGCCAGGGAGGAACAGGAGGUCAUCGCAGUCCUGGUGCUCACCUGCAACCGAGUGUCCGUGACACGCACGCUGAACCAGGUGAUGCGGUACCGCCCGUCGCAGCGACGGUUCCCUGUCAUCGUUAGCCAGGACGGCUACGAUAACGUCACCUCCGAACUACUUUUCCAUUAUCAGCGCAAGCACAAGUUUACCCUCCUUCAUCAGCCCGAUCAGAAGAAGCUCACAGAGGGUAUAACGGCAGUGUUUAACAUCGAGGGUUACCACCGCAUCUCGCGGCAUUACAAGUGGGCGCUCACGCAAGUUUUCGAUCGUCUGAAACACACCGCCGUCAUUGUGCUUGAGGACGACUUGGACAUUGCGCCCGACUUCUUCGAGUAUUUCGCUUCGCUGCUUUCCAUUCUGCGGAGAGAUCCCACCUUGUUUUGCGUGUCUGCUUACAACGAUAACGGCAAACUAAGUCACAUCUCCUUGUUGCCAGACAUGCUGCACCGCACAGACUUUUUCUCAGGAUUAGGGUGGCUCUUGACUCGUGAGUUAUGGAAUGAGAUUGGUCCUCGAUGGCCUAAAGCUUUCUGGGAUGACUGGAUGCGCCAGCCUCAACAACGCAAAGGCCGCGCGUGCAUCCGGCCCGAAGUGUCGCGCUCACGGACGUUCGGUCGUGCAGGCGUCAGCGAUGGGCAAUUCUUCGACAAGUACUUGAGAGACGUGUACCUCAACAAAGUCUUCGUGCGCUUUAGCGGCAUGGACUUAAGUUACUUGCUCCAAAGUCGUUACGAUCAUGCGUUUCAAAUGACAGUUAGCGAGAGCAGGGUAUACAGCUUCGAGGAUCUCAAAAAGGGACUCGUUGCUCAAACUCCGGCAAGGAUACCUUACGUGAAUGAGAGUGAGUUUGCUGAAAUCGCGGUAGUUCUGGACAUAAUGAAAGAUUUUAAGGCAGGCGUUCCGCGCACCGCUUACAAGGGCGUUGUCAGCACUUACAUGGACGGGAUACGGUUGUUCGUUGUGCCUCAUCCGUGGCCCUUCGAGCCUCACCCCCACAAGGCGAACCGGCAUCAACUGAGUACUCAGCUCGCGCGGCGGCCGCUGCGGUAGCACCCGGCAGCCGAAGGGUUCCUAUGAAUGACAGAGCUCCGCGAGUGCGCCAUUCCAACCACGCGUCCAGCAGGUUCCGAGUUCCACUUGGAUUUCUUGCUGCAACCACAGUGGGUCAUCAGAACGGCAUAUAUUUUUGAAAACAAGCCAGACAACAGCUGCGUUCUCCCGAGCAAUGAGUUUCGCGGAAAACAAUAUCUCUUCUAGUCGUUCUUGAUAUCUUCCCAUCACACCGUCACAAAUAAACAUUUUUAUCGUUGC